AUGGUAUCCUACCGUAACAUAUUUGGCGUAACUAGUCGUUGCUUAACGGCUUUUAAACGCAAUAUAUACUCCAUUAGCUACAACCCACUUUCUUAUAGAUGUCCAUAUAAGUCUAACUCUCAUUUUCAACAUCCCAAUUCACUUAGAAAUUUUUCCACCGAACAACAGAAAUUAUUACAAAUUAUCCAGGGUGAAAUUCAACAUGAAACAACAAAUUAUGAAGAACCCUCGAAUCUCAAAUCCUUUCUCAGUUCAUCGGGUUGGAAGCUCGAGGAAACUGAAGGAGAGGUCAACAUGUCGCUGAAGAAGACAGUAAAUGGCAUGAAUGUAUCAGUAGAAUUUCAACUCGUUUCCCCCUUUGAACCUGAUGGUGAAGGCGAAACGCAAGCUGAGAUGACUGAGUUUUCUGUUUCAGUAGAAAAGGAAGGUAGCCCUGGCAAUGGACUAAUCUUUUUUUGCACAACCAUACAGAAUGAUGAAAAGUUUAGAUACAUGAUUUGCAAUGUCAGACAGUUUGCUAAUAAUGAGGCUAAGAAUUCGAUACACUCUUACAAUGGACCAGAGUUUGAAGACUUGGACGACACUCUGCAAUCCGCCUUGGAUGAAUGGCUUGGUAGUUUGGGUAUUGAUUCGGAAUUAUGUGAUUUUAUCGAUUCCUGCAGUAUAGACAAGGAACAGAGGGAGUAUGUGGUUUGGCUCAAGGGCGUAGAAAAAUUUUUGUCCUAA